AUGCUGCAGAAUGGAUCUGCUGGACCCAAUGUCACCAGCUUCUGGUUCUACGGGCUGACCCCUGGCACGAGCUACAAGAUCGAGGUGACAGCCACGCUGGCUUGCAUGGAGACCACCAGCCAGACAGUCACAGCACAGACAAGUCCCUCACCCGUCCGCAACCUGACCCUGAGCAGCAGUGGGACCCCUGGGGUGCUGAGGGCGUCCUGGGAGCACGCCCAGGGCCAGCGAGACAGGUACCACCUGGCUCUCUACCACAGCCAGUCCCAGGCACUGGUGAGAAACGUGUCCCUCUUGCCCAACGCCUCCACCUUCCUGCUGGAUGGGCUGCUGGCUGGCAGUGAGUAUGCCCUGAAGGUCAGCACACUGGCUGGAGCCAGCCAGGCCAGCAGCAGUGUCCACCAGUGGACAGCUCCCUCCAUCCCCACCCAGCUGAGGCUCAGCCCUGGCUCCAGCACCAGCCUCGUGGCCUCCUGGGGAAGCGCCAUGGGGGCUGCCUGGCUGCACCUCACGCUGCACAACCUCCUCACUCGGACGGUGACCACCACCCUGUCAGCCAGGAGGGGUCUCACCAGCUUCACCUUCCAGCACCUCCAGCCUGGCACCCCGUACUGGCUGGGGCUGAGCACCAUGGCUGGGCCCUACAGGGUGGCAGGGCCCAAUGCCACUGCUUGGACAUACCCCCUGAGCCCUGACAACGUGACCCUGAGCAGAGCAGAGGAACAGAGCUCCUUGCAGGCUCACUGGAGCACUCCAGCAGGAGAGAGGGACUUCUACCUGGUGACACUGCAGGAGGGAGAGGACCAUGCUCCCACAAGGAACAUCUCUGUUGAUGGAGACAACAGUCAUGUCACCUUCCAUGGGCUGAGCCCUGGGACACAGUACUGCAUCCAGGUGACAGCAGUAGCUGGGCCUCACCGGGCAUCAGCCCGCAGCACCGCGGCCUGGACGGAGCCACUGGCACCAUCUGGUGUGUGUCUGUCCAGCCAGGGGAGCCCCUACAGCCUGCUGGCCAGCUGGGAGGAGGCAAUGGGAGAGGGCUACCUGCUGGCUCUCAGCCCUGUAGAGCACCCUGGGCAGAACAGCUCACUGCUCAGAGGUGCCACCAACUUCACCUAUGAGGGCCUCCAUCCUGGCACCCUCUACACCCUUGAAGUCAGCACCGUGGCUGAUCCUUUGCCCCUGGAACAGCUGACCCUCAGCAGUCAUGGCCACAGCACCUCUCUGCAAGCCUCCUGGAGAGCAGCUUCUGCUGGCAGUACCAGCUACACAGGCACCCUUUGCGAGACCAAGCUCCAGGAGAGAGUCAGGAAUGUGACUGUAGGGAACAACUGGACAAAUGUCACCUUUAAGGACCUGGUCCCUGGGCGACAGUAUACACUGGAGAUGGCUGCUAUGGCUGGACCUUACAGAUCCCCUGUGCGAUCAGCCACAGACUGGACAUAUCCUCUAGCUCCAGCUGGUGUGACCCUGGCCAACACCCGGCACCCACUGGGACUCUCUGCCUUCUGGGACAAGGCUGCUGGUGAUGUGGACCAGUUCCAUCUCCAGCUCUACAGCAAGAGCCAUCCAAUGCAGAGGAACAUCUCAGUGGGGCCGAACACCCACAACUUCACAUUCCUGGGGCUCUCUCCUGGUGUUCAGUAUUUCCUGAAAGUCACCGUCCUGGCUGGCCCGUACCGAUCCUCAUCACACUUUGCCACUGAGUGGACAUAUCCACUGUCUCUGGCUAACGUGACUGUACAGCCCGGCCGGAGACCCCAGGAGCUACGUGUGAGCUGGGUGGAGUCAGGCAGUGGCAGAGAGCACUUGGUACAGCUUUCAGUGGCUGAGUCCCUGUCCAUCAUUAGGAAUGUGUCUGUCCCCCGUGGAGUCACCCAGAUUGACCUGGAGGGGCUGGUGCCAGGGUCCCGCUACCGCGUGGAGAUAAUUUCUCAGGCUGGGCCUCAUCGCAUCUCCUCUCAGACCGUCAUUGGCUACACGGCAGCAAGGAACCUGGAAACAGGGAAGGACAGCACCAAUGUCACCCUGGCACAGCUGGAACCAGGAACUUGCUACCUGGUUGGGAUCUGGGCAGUAGCUGGAACCUUCCGUUCCAUCCCCAAGAACAUCACUGGCUGCACAGACCCCUUGGCCCCUGCCAGCUUCACCCUGGGCAGUCCUUCUGCCUCCACGCUGCAGGUCUCCUGGGCAGUCAUGGGCCGAAGAGCAGAAGGCUUCGUGGUAGAGGCCUAUGACACAGCCUCCAGCAGCUGCGUUGGGCGCGUGGCGCUGGGUGCGGAUGCCCAGAGUCACAUCUUCAGGAACCUGAGCCCCGGCACCCGCUACCAUGUGGCAGUGAGGGCCACAGCAGGGCCCUUCCACACCAGCACCCCCAACAUCACCCACUGCACACGACCACUGCCCCCGGCCACCCUGCGCUGGCUGAGCCAGGGACACCCCGACACCCUGAGCGCCUCCUGGGGAGCCCCGGCCGGGGGCCGGGACGGCUACAGCCUGACCCUGCGCCGGGCAGCGCUGGGCACCGUGGCAGCUACAGCCUCGCUCGGGAGAGACACUCACAACUUCACCUUCACGGGCCUGGCCCCAGGGUACGAGUACUCCCUGGAAGCCAGCACCAUGGCUGGACCCUACCGGGCAGCAGCACCCAACAUCAAUGGCUGGACACGCCCUCUGCCCCCAGCCGCCGUGUGCCUGCUGAGCCAGGGACACCCCGACACCCUGAGCGCCUCCUGGGGAGCCCCGGCCGGGGGCCGGGACGGCUACAGCCUGACCCUGCGCCGGGCAGCGCUGGGCACCGUGGCAGCUACAGCCUCGCUCGGGAGAGACACCCACAACUUCACCUUCACGGGCCUGGCCCCAGGAAGCAAAUAUGUGCUGGAGGUGAUGUCCAUGGCGGGGUCCUACUGGGCAUCUGCAGGGAACGUCAGCAACUGGACGUAUCCCCUGGCACCCCGGAAUGUGUACAUGACCAACCAAGGCUACCCCAACAGGCUGAGUGCAUCCUGGCGAGCAGAUCCCCAGGCACAGGACAGUUACAGGCUCCUCCUGUACCACUGGGGCUCAGGUGCUGUGGCAGCCAACGUGUCCGUUGGGAAAGGCACCAGGAAAUUCACCUUCUCUGGCCUGGCUCCAGGACACAAAUACCUGCUGGAGGUGGUGUCCAUGGCAGGGCCCUACGUGGCCUCUGCGGGGAACAUCAGUGACUGGACAACUGAAGGCAACAACACGAUGCUCCUCUCCUGGAGCAGCAUCUCUGGACAGCAGGACGACUGCCAGUUGUGGCUGCGGGAUCCCAGGAACAGCACCCUGCCCCAGCGGCAUGUCCUUGGAAGAGGACAGGUUCAGCACCUCCUCCAGGGGCUGAUCCCAGGGAGGAACUACUCUGUCUCUUUGAGCUGCGUGGCUGGGCCCUACUGGAGCAGCACCAAACCCCUGGCAGUGCCCGUGGAUCCAAACCCUGUGGAAGACAUGCAAUGCCUACCAGAACCAAGGAGUCUUUACUUGAACUGGACCAGCUCUCCUGGAGAUGUGGAUGCUUAUGAGGUGGUGACAGAGAGACUCUCUGAUGCACCUCCCACCUCCAAGUAUGUCCUGAGUGUCCCUACGAGCAAGGCCAACCUGGAGGGGCUGAGGCCGAACUCAUCCUACCGAGUUGCUGUGAGCACACUGGGCAUGAACACGAUGAGGAGCCAGGCUGUAACUCUGCUCUGCAACACAACAGUGGAGGCCCUGCCUCCACCCCUGCGAGAAGACAUCUUCCAGGUGGAGGCCAGAUCCACAGUCAUCAUUUCAUCUGACCUGUUCAGCGAGGAGAAUGGCCAGAUCGAGUACUAUGGUGUCGUUGCUACCACCAACAAUUCACUGCUCAGGCCCACCCAGGAAAUUAUGUCCAGCACAUGGUAUGACCACUAUUAUGGGACAGAAGAUUCCUAUCUGGCUGUGCUAAUCCCCAAUCCCUUCCACCUGAGCCCCAGGAGCUCCCGUGAAACCUGGCGAGUGCCAGUGGGAACAGAGGAGUGUGGCCAGUCCAGGACAACCUGCAACGGGAAGCUGAAAGCCAAUGAGCAGUACAGGUUCAGCAUUGCUGCCUUCACCAAAUAUGAUCCAGUAUCCCCUGCAGUGACGUUCACCAUGUUCUCAGUUGAUUCCCACCUCUCCAGGUGUGCAAGGCAGCCUGUGUGCCUGGUAACCAAGAAGAGCAGCUUGCCCCAGGAAAUGACGACCUACAGCUUGAGGAAUGUCCAUCGGCCAAUUCCCAUCCAGAGCUUCCAGCAGUACUAUGAGAUGAAGACAGCAAGUGCUAACCAAGGUUUUUUCCAGGAGUUUGAGGAGCUGAAGGAAGUUGGGAAGGAGCAACCAAAGGUGGAGGCUGAGCUACCAGCCAAUGUCUCCAAGAACAGAUAUCCCCAUGUGCUGCCCUAUGAUCACUCUCGGGUCAAGCUGAGCCAACAGGGGGAGGACCCACACUCAGACUACAUCAAUGCCAACUUCAUGCCUGGCUAUACAUCCCAGCAAGAGUUCAUUGCCACCCAGGGGCCUCUGAAGAAAACAAUAGAGGACUUCUGGAGGCUGGUGUGGGAGCAGAACGUCUGCAACAUCAUCAUGCUGACAGUGUGCAUGGAGAACGGGCGGGUCCUCUGUGAUCAUUACUGGCCAUCCGAAUCUGCCCCGGUCUCCUACGGGCAGGUCCGGGUCCACCUACUGAUGCAGAGCAGCUCUGAGGAGUGGACCAUGCGCCAGUUCAAACUGUGGCACGGUGUCCGGGCAGAGCGGCACGUGUCCCACCUGCACUACACGGCGUGGCCUGACCACGGGAUCCCAGAGUCCACAACUUCCAUUCUGACCUUCAGAGAGCUGGUCCGGGAGCACAUCCAGAGCACUAAGGAUGCGGGGCCAACCCUCGUGCACUGCAGUGCCGGGGUGGGUCGCACUGGCACCUUCAUUGCCCUGGACCGGCUGCUGCAGCAGAUGAAGCAGGAGAAGGUGGUGGACACAUUUGGUGUUGUUUACACCUUGCGGAUGAACCGUUACCUGAUGAUUCAGACGCUGUCCCAGUACAUUUUCCUGCACAGCUGUAUCCUGGACAAGAUCUUGGAGGAGCCACUCUUGGGUUUAUCAGAGGCAGAGAGGUCCUGCCCCAUCCCACUGAAGAGCUUUGCUCAGCACUACGCCCAGAAGGCAGCCAAGGCCCACAUGGGCUUCCUGAGGGAGUACGAGAACCUCCUGGAGGUUGUUAAGGAAGAAGCCAGCUCUGCAACACCAUCUGCAGGCAACCGGCAGACACAGCCCUCUUCCAGCAUCCUCCCAUAUGAUCGCUCCAGAGUGAAGUUCUCCCUGCUGGAACAGGCCCCUUACUCAGGUCCCCUGCAGGUGUGGCGUGUCCCGGGCUGCAACUCCAGCAGGGAGUAUCUGGCUGUCCAAGGGCCUGACAGGUUGACCAUGGAGGACUUCUGGACCCUGGUGUGGGAACAGGAUAUUCACACCAUCCUGACACUUCUCCCAUGGCAGCAGAAGGGGGAGGUCCCCAGUGAGGCAUGCUGGCCCCUGGAAGGAGACUCUCUCUGCACAAAGAUGCUGACCAUCGAGAGUGGCACAGAGAAGCUUGUCUCUGGGUGGAGGUGUAUCCAGCUCAAAAUGAAGCAUAAGAAGAAAGCAAAGGAGAGGCAGGUACAACAGUUCCUGUACACGCUGUGGAGCAGCAAGAAGCAGCCAGAUGUGCAGAGCCUGGUGGAGCUCCUCACUGCUGUCAGACGGGGCCAGCCCCACCGCAAGAGGGCCAGUCCCCUCCUGCUGCACUGCAGUGGUGACAUGAACCAAAUGAGGACCCUGAUCUCCCUGGACUGCCUGUUGCACCAGAUGAAAGCUGAAAGAAUUGUGGAUGUCUACAGGGUGACCCUCCAGCUGGCAAGAAGCUGCUGUCUGAUGACCCCGACUCUGGAUGAGUACAUCUUCCUCUACAGCUGCAUCCGGGACAUGGUGGCUCAGAAGCAGCCCUGA